UGCUUAGGAGCAUCAAAGGCUUCAUGCUUUUUGCAUGCGACUUCAGAGAGACUUUGAAGUUCGGGCGUCCAGAGGCUGCUCGAGAAGAGGAUGUCCGCGUCCGCGAGCCUAAGGGAAUCAGACCGAGAUCGGGACAUGGAGCAGCGCAAAACCCAAGCGUCAAGCCAUCCUUUCAGUGUGGAGUCUCUUAUAUAUAGCCACAAAACCAGUAAGGACUUUGAAAGACGGCGCGAGGAUGUAUCCAUCCAGUUUGCUAAGACUGAGAUCAGAGAUUCUUGUGCUUCGGCUGGAAUACAAAAGCACUUUAUGCAGACCUCACCCGUCAAAUCGGAGUCGCCCGAGCCGGAUGACUGUACACCAUGGGUUAUUCACUCUAGAUACUCUCAAACUAGCCAGGAAAGUCCCUGUCCUCUCCGUAAGCACAAGAACAACCGCAAACCCCGUACACCAUUCACCACCACACAGCUCCUGGCCUUGGAGCGAAAGUUCCGACAGAAACAGUACCUGUCCAUUGCCGAGCGAGCAGAAUUCUCCAGUUCGCUCACCCUCACAGAGACCCAGGUGAAGAUCUGGUUCCAGAACCGACGAGCCAAGGCAAAGCGCUUGCAAGAGGCUGAGCUGGAAAAGUUCAAACUGACUGCCAAACCUGCCCUCCACCCCAGUUUCAGUCUGCCUCUUCCUCUUGGAACUCAACUUCAUUCGGCCGUCUCACUCUAUGGCCAGUCGUAUCCCUACCACAGGCCGUUGUUGCCUGUUGCUCCAGUGGGACUCUAUGGAACACCUUUAGGGUACAGCAUGUAUCACCUUGCUUGAGAAGAAGUGCUACAGUAUGGACUAGUACUGAUCUAAGGAUGUACAAAAAACAAUGUUUACAAUAUACAAUGGUGUCCAAGUCCAAAAAAAAAGCAGCAACCAAAAUUAAAUGUUUCAUAAUGUGCCUUGACCUGAAUUGAAAUGCCGGACAUUUUACUUCAUUUUUCACUGACUGAAAGUUCAAAUUUUACCCUUUGGAUGGAUAAUUCUGUUGCCAAACCUUUUGUGUAUAUUUGUGUCAUACAUCUUUAUAUAUUGUAAAAGGAAUUAUUUUGUGUACAAAAUACUGAGUUUAAAUUCCACUAAAUUUAAUGUUGAUUUUUAUCCCAAGUUCAUUACACAUUAUUUUUACUUUAUUUUUAAAGAUGGCCGUACCUCUAGCUAUAACUGAUAGACACUACUUUAUUGUUUGUUUGACAAACAAAUUAGAAAUGGCUUGGUGAAUGAUUUUAUAUGAUAAAUACAUUGGUAUGUUCACACUAAGAAAUUUCCAAAUAGGAUUUGCCCUUUUGAGUUCAGUUUUACAUUUAUAAAAUUACAAAUUUUUUCUAUACUUCAUACAAUUCUGACAGUGAUUAUGGUAUAUGCAAAGAUGUCUUUGAAAAGUCACUUAUAAGUAAAAUGUGGAAGUUUAUUUUUUGUGCCACAUUUUUUAUAUUUAUACUAUAAUUCUAAUUUAAUUAAAUCUGUCAUGUAUGGUAAAUACCAACUGGCAAGCAAACACAAUAGCAUUUGGUUAUAACAUUUAUAUCUCCAUUUCAUGUUUGAGAAAGUAUGUGGGAGUUUGGAUGUCCAGCUUCAUUAUCUAUUGCAAAAGCAAAUUAAGUUUUACAUUUUUAAAAUAUUUUUCUUUAUUAAUUUCCUUCAAGUGCAUUUCUCCAUUUUUAAAUGCUGGUUAAACACUUUACAGCAAGGUCACAUUUGAUUUGGUUGAAGGAAAUUCUCCUUUCUGAACUAUAAAUUCAUUGUUGCAAAAUUAAUUCAUGUGUAAUACAUAUCAGCAGUUUGAGAUAUGAAAACAUAGCAUUACUUUGAUAAAUAUGUCAUUGUUUAAAUAAUGAUCAGUUAAAAUGUAUACGACGUAAUAAUUCUAUUAUUGAUAUGUUACAGAUAAGUUUGGUUUCACUUCCUUACUGCCUUGUUAUGGCUUGUUCAUUAGGUUGUGGCUCUAUAAAUGGGGACGUUUGAGGGCCCGUUUUACUGCUUCCGCCUGUCUUUGAUGCAAUGAGGAAAUCGUUUAUGGUCAGCACUUUACUCAUGAGCUUCCUUUAAUCAAAACACGAACUCAGUCAUGUUAAUCAAGCACAGAACCACUAAAGUGUUCGCGGAUGUGUUUUAUAAUGUCGACUCUGAGCCACUUACGAUAGUGCCGUGAAUCUGGGCGAUUUUCCCGAUCCUGUUCCUGUGGUGUAAAAAAGUCAAGAAACUCUUCGAAGCGAAAUUCACAAAGCUGUCAAGUUUCAAUGCCUAAAUGCCUGGCAUCUGCAUUCUGUGUUCAUUGGAAAAAUCAUAAAGGUGAAUUUCCAGAUUUAA